AAGGUAAUUCUCAGUAAUCAGAUUCUUCCAGUAAACGGUUUGAAUAUAAAACAAUGAAAAAUCUCAGUAUUGCAGUUUUGGUGGCUUUGGUCCUUCUAGGAUCAUUUGCCGUGCAAAGUGAUGCAGGUGCUUAUAAAGGCCCAAACUAUAAUUAUCCAUGGCGAUACGGAGGUAAAUAUAACGGAUACAAAGGAUAUCCCAGAGGUUAUGGAUGGAAUAAAGGCUGGAAUAAAGGUCGAUGGGGACGAAAAUAUUAUUGAAACAAAGAUAUUCUUAUAAAUAUUAGUACAGGAAGAAGUAAACGGUCAAUAUUGAUAUGAACGAUGAAUAAUAAAGUUUAGUUUGUG